AAUCUUAUCGGCGUCGCGAAUGAAAGGGAAAGAUUGGAAUUCGUAUUUAUCUAUUGGUUUACGGGAUGAUCGCGGGAAGAGGAGCGUCACGUUUACGAAGAUACUUUGUAAAUAGCGUCACAACAGAGGCGUGGAGACGCGUGACGGGCCAAUCGCGCGACAAAGCCAUUCAUGAAGUCAUACGACGCGAGCCGCAGAUGGUCCAAGCGAUUCUGAACGAUACCGAGAUCACAAGGAACCAUAUGACGCCGGAAAUUAAGCUGUUCCUCCUGACGCCCAACUGUCCGUUGUAUCACGCACCGUUUCCAGACGUUUUCGAGAGUAACGAGAUGAGAAGAACCGUCUUCACCGAUCCCUUCUGGUCGAUCUAUUGGCCGGGCGGACAAGCGAUCGCGAGGUUCGUAUUGGAUGAACGAGACAGACUUUUCUCGUAUUCGUGGAACGGCGAAGGCGAGGUUUUGGAUGUUGGGGCUGGCUGCGGAGCCGCUGCAAUUGCUGCAAAACUCGUCGGGACAAGGAAGGUCAUUGCGAACGAUAUCGAUAAAGUCGCGUGCACAGCUAUCGCAAUGAAUGCGGCAUUGAACCAUGUGGAAGUGCAGAUCUCACAAGACAAUCUGUUGCAUCGACCACCCGAAAAACUGACCGAUGUUAUUUUCAUCGGUGACAUGCUGUACGACGAAGAAAUCACCGACAUUCUGAUUCCGUGGCUCGAACGGGCACGCAAAAAUGGAACUCGAAUUUAUUUGGCCGAUCCAGGAAGACACGGUUUGACAAACGAUCUAAAGAAACGAUUGAGACCACUAAGACGGUAUUUGAUGCCAGAAAAUGUCCGAAAAGAAAACUAUGGUUACGAUACGUGCGACAUCUGGGAAUUCUCUGGGUGACGAAUACCAUAAAUGUGUUCACGAGGGGCCUGGUGUAAUAAUUUAAUGCGCAAGGCUGUCGGUCCUCCUCGUCGUAAGGGCACUGCAUUAUGCAAUUCUCGGUUCCGCAAUCUACGAGCAAGCAAAAGCAUUGACCCCGACGUGCGUUCACGACCGCCGAUUCUCGUGAAUGACUCACGCACGCCACGCGAGCGCGAUCAUGACUCAUCGAGAAAUUAUUCUAUCCUCUACCUGGAGAGGAGAGCAAACAUUCUUACACAGAGUGGCCAUUCGAUUGGGAACGCCUAAAUACCGUCGUCGCUCACGGUCAGGUACGCAUUACGGAGGGGGAAGGUUAGUGGGUCGCAUUCAAAAUUAAAUGCAACAGUAACAAGUAG